AUGCCUUCAAAGAAAUCAGAGGGGGUGUUAUUACCGCCGCCGCCCUCCACUGCCUCUGGUUCAUGGGAUGAACACAUUGAUAGCGUGAUUGCGGAACUGCAGCGAAUUUACAUGGAGCGAGUGCGGCCUAUCGAAACAAAGUUCCAGUAUGAUGUUUAUCGUCCUAGUUGGUUCUCAGAGGCGAUUGUACAGAAGAAGCCGUUCGUUACUUUUCUAGGUCCAUUUUCUGCUGGAAAGUCUACUUUUAUUAAUUAUUUAAUGCAGAAUAAUUAUCUUCAGACUGGUCCACAACCCGUUACGGAUAAGUUUACUGUUAUUAUGCAUGGUGAGGAGGUCCAACAAAUCCCUGGUCGUGUAUUAAUGGCCGAUAGUUCUCAGCCUUUUCGUGGAUUAAGUCAAUUUGGAGAUUCAUUUGCAGAAUCAUUUCAAGGACUUAUCGCACCGCAUCCUAUUCUGCAAUCUGUUUCGUUAAUUGAUACUCCUGGUGUACUGGAGACAGCUGGGGAUGUUCAUUCACGACGGUAUGAUUACAUUAAGGUAUGUCGAUGGUUUGUGGAGAAGAGUGAUUUGGUUUUUUUUCUUUUUGAUCCAACAAAGUUAGAUGCUGGAACAGAACUUCGUAUGUUAUUUAAACAUGCCUUAAGUGGACAUGAAAGUAAAAUUCGUAUCGUAUUAAAUAAAGCAGAUACGGUGGGACCUCAGGAACUUAUGCGAGUAUAUGGAGCAUUAUUUUGGAAUCUUUCAAGUCUUAUUAAUACAACAGAACCUCCACGGGUUUAUGUAUCCAGUUUUUGGGAUCGUCCAUAUUGUAAAGGUACGGAUCAUGCACUUUUCACAGAAGAAAAGGCUGAUCUUAUUUAUGAUUUGACAGAAACUAUACCAUUACAAUCCCUUGAUCAACGUGUGACUUCUGUUUUACAACGAGCCACUCGAGUUAUUAUCUUUGCAUUAGCCUGUGCUGCUUAUAAAUCAAAGAUGCCAAAAUGGUUUGGAAAAGAUAAGGCAAAAGCGGAGUUCUUUGCACAGUUUCCACAAAUUAUAGAAGAUCUCGCUAAUAAAUACCGCUUUAGUUCAUCUGAUUUCCCCACCGCUGAUGAAAUGAGAACAUUCCUAGAAAGAGUACGAGCAGAUGAAUUUUAUGAUAUGGAUCGCCUGCAGAAGAAAGGAUGGAUUAACUUAAUGAAACAAACCAUUGAACAGGAUCUUCCCAUGUUAUUAAGACCCAUUAAACAAACUUCCGUAGUGGAUCCACGAGAUCGAAAACAUGCGAUUAUGCUCCAACGAGAAUACACAAAAAAGAUGGAAGAUCAACUGGCCGGUCAGUAUGGGCUUCAAGGCGGUUUAGGCCAACAACAGAUCCCAACCCAUCGUGCAGAAACAAUGCCGAAUGUGGCUUUUAGAAAUGCAGCCCUUAAUCCACAAUCAUCACAAUCAACACAAUCAACACAAUUACAACAACAGUCAUUUAUGCCACCGCCUGUGAAUGGAAAUCAAAAUGAUCAAAUGACAAUGAUGAUGCAAAUGAUGCAAGGAAUGAUGCUCCAACAACAACAACAACAACAACCAUUACAAUUACAAUUACAACAGGCUCCCACACCACAGUUAUCACCAGAACAAACAGCAAUGAUGAUGCAGAUGAUGCAGCAACUACAAAAUAACCAAAUGUAA